GCGUGGUCUGGUAAACAGCACUGAUCCACACCAGGCUUCACUAACUGCUCCUUCUCAUCCGGACUAACAGAAUAAGACAGGAUGAGUUUAGUAGAAUAGGUCAAGUCAGGAUGUUCUGAUCCAAACGGAUACUAGGUCUAAUAGUUCUACUUUUGUGCAGCACCUACACGAGCGAACCGGUGAACAUGUCGGUGUCUCAGGUCUGUCCUGGUCUGUACGUCAGUGGUCUGGACUCGGCUCUGAACUGCAGCGUGUUGAGCAGCAGGAACAUCACCCUCGUCGUUAACGCCAGUGGACUGGAUAACGUGUCCUACCCUGAUCUGGAAGGUCUGCAGGUCCUUCACGUCCCUAUCCAGGAUCAGCCUCAUGCUCCCCUGGAACAGUACUUUGACCCUGUGGCAGAGCAGAUCCACCAGAACCAAGCAGGAAGGACUCUGGUUCACUGCACUGCGGGCAGAAGCAGAUCCCCUUCCCUGAUCAUGGCCUACCUGAUGAGGUUUGAGGCCCUCAGCCUGCGUCAGGCUCAUGAACUCAUUCUGCAGCAGCGUCCAUUCAUUCGGCCUAACGCUGGUUUCUGGAGGCAACUGAUUAACUAUGAGAAGACCCUGUACAGCAGAAACACAGUGCGGAUGGUGAAGACCACUGCUGGAGUCCUGCCAGAAGCUGUGCCGGACUCUGGGGACUCAGCAGCAUACACAACAUACAACAUGUGACGUUCUGGGAUCAGUAAAGUGGUCAAUUAGUAAAAACAAAGUAUGUCUGUAAUGAGAAUAAAGUAUUCAUAGGAU